AUGCAUAAUCCACUUGGUUGCUACCAUUACGUUCGUAGUCAGACUGCUCCACAUCACAAGUGUCGAAUUGGACCUCGGCAGCAGAUGAACACAGCAAACGCGUUCAUAGACGCUGAGAGAGUAUAUGGUUCCACCAGUAAAGAGUCAGCCUCACGUCGAACAUGGAAGAAUGGAAAAAUAGCCCAACACGGGAUGAGUUUCGAAACGUCAUUCAUUAACCCGACUAUGCACUCAACCGAACUCAUUGUGCAGAUUUGGACGGCGCAACAUAACAGACUGGCUUUGGAGUUGAAGGAGCUUAAUCAAAAAUGGAACGACGAACAACUCUUCCAAGAGGCUCGCCGUAUUGUAAUCGCACAAAUCCAAUUCAUAACACUCAACGAAUAUCUUCCGUUACUAUUAGGAAGGAAAACGAUGGCUAAAUACGAAAUACUUGAAGACUCGAAUGAAUUUACAAAGUACUACGAUAUUAACAUCAAUCCAUGCACUCUCAAUGCCUUUGCAGCAGCAGUGGGAGAGACGAACAUACUCGAUGAGAUUUCACAGGAUGACGAUAUCAUCGGUAAAGCUGCAGUGCUUAUUCAUCGCUCGAGAGACCAUGGCAUACCUGGAUACACCAAAUUUCGGGAAUAUUGCGGUGGCGAAAAGGUUGAAGACGUUGACUUGAUUGUACUUGCUCUCGCAGAGAAACCAGUUCACGGGUCGUUAGUAGGACUGACUCUUGGUUGCGUACUUGCUUCGCAAUACCAGAAGGCUAUUCAUGGCGACCAAUAUUGGUUUUCCAACGACAACGGUGCUUCAUCCUUCUCCUUAGAGCAGCUAAGAGCAAUUAGAGGAGGAACAAAGAUGUCCGAUAUCAUUUGCCAGUACCUCGACUCAGAUGAAGCAGCUGUCCAGCCUAAUGCAUUUUUAACACCGGAUAAAUUUGACAACUUCCCUCUUUCUUGCCUUUCCCAUAGACUGAGUACCAUGUCACUUGAUCAUUGGAAGCAAACGCCGACUGAGCUCCCUCCCACCACUCUUUAUAUAGAGAAACUGUUGCGAGAAGCCGAAAGGAUGGUGGAAGAGCAAAAAGAGGGCAGCGUGGAGACGAAACGAAGUAAUAUGUUCUAA